AUGAAUAAGAAUGAUGAGGGUAGUGAGCCAGAAACGUCUGAAAAGGACUUGUUACUGCUCAAUAUCGAUACCAGUAACCCACAAGUCUUAAAUAAACUACAACAACUUCCAUUCAACAACCUGAGUAUACCUGUUGUCCAGAAUAUAGUGGCAUCGGUUCAUUUGGGUGAGGAAUUGGACUUGAGGGAGAUUGCAAUAUCAACAAGAAAUGCAGAAUAUAAUCCAAGGAAGUUUAAUGCUUUAGUUUUAAGAAUGCAAAAUCCAAAGUGUACCGGUUUAAUUUUCAGAACUGGACGUAUUAUUAUUACUGGUAGUAAGACAAUAGAAGAUGCAAAAUUGGGAGGUAAAAGAAUGGCGAAGAUGAUUAGGAAGGAGACUGGUUUAGAUUUGAAGUUUAAUAAUUUUAAAAUCGAGAAUAUAAUUGCUACUUUCAGUUGUAAUGUUCCAAUCCGACUUGAAGUAUUCUCACAAGAACAUAAAGAUUUAUGUAAUUAUGAACCAGAAUUUUUUGCUGGAUUAGUGUAUAGAUGUCGUAUCAACGAAGAAUCGGAAGCCGUUUUGUUAAUUUUUGUUUCUGGAAAUGUUAUCAUCACAGGCUGUAAAUCUCCACAAGAGAUCCAAUACGUAUUUAAAAUCAUGUAUCCAAUACUACAUCAAUACCAAAAUUAA